AUGGUUUCUCAAUCUCUUGCGCUGCUGUUGUCCGGCUUCGCGCCAUGCAUCUCGGCACUUAGCCAUCAGCUUCUAGUUGGAACAUUCGGAACACCAUACAUCUACACUCUUACCUUCGAAGAUGCGGCCAAGACACUGGUUCUGAGUGCGAACACCUCAGUGAACACCAGCAGCUCAUGGAUUGCCUUGAGCUACGACAAGCAAAACCUGUAUGGCAACUCUUUCGAAGACAGCGGCAACAGCCAAUACGUCAGUUAUGCUUUUGAAGACGACCUCUCCAUUGGCGCUGGAACGAUCAUCACGGCCGGAGGAGACUGCACCGAGCGCUCCAUCUUCGUGACCCCUUCAACCGUCUCUCCGUAUACAGUCUACGGAACGCCAUUUGGCGCGUGUGGGACGGUCAUGUCAGUGACAGAUGGAGUUCUCACGGAGUCAAUCCAAGAAUACAACUACUCGACGUCUUCCGGAGUCCACGGCCUCGCCUUCAACCCUGCUGGAACUAUGAUGUACUCUUUCGACGACACCGGCAACGCCAUCUGGGUUCACUCAAUUGACAACUCUACCGGGGAGCUUACCUACGUUGCGGAUGUUGCUGCUCCUGUUGAAGGAGCCGAUCCGAGGCAUGGCGCCGUGCAUCCGGCGGGCGGCUACCUUUAUGCUGUGCAUGAAGGAACCAAUGAAGUCGGCGUUUACUCCAUCGACCAGACGACUGGCAUUCCCAGCUAUGCCAAUCCUUCAUUUUCUCUCAUCCCAGAAGGUGCCAACAGCUCUGACUACUGGUCAGACGAGGUCGCGAUUGCCUACGGAUCCAAGUUCCUCUGGGCGACAUCGCGAGCCCGCGACGCCAACAACACUGGCUACAUCUCAAUCAUGUCUUUGAACGACGACGGCUCUGUGGAGAAACAGAACUUCCUGUCUCCCACAACCACCAGUGGAGGGUCAGCGAACGCUAUCACCGCGAACAGCUUCAGCGACAUUCUCGUCAUUUCAGCAGCAAUGUUCAGCAAGCCCAUCUUCGCAGCCGUAGCUGUUCUUGCAGCCCUGCCGACGGCCCUUGGUUGCUUGGGCUACGAAGCAGGCCUGCCAACUCCUACCUCAACGAAGAAGAUUUCUGCUCCGAUCUACGUUCGGGCCGGUCAAGUCUUUGAUGGAGGCUGGGCCAAGUACGACAGGAGCCCCACGUCUUGUACUGGGCAGCAAGAGGGAGGCGAGAAGGACACUGCAUUCGUUCUCGAGAAGGGCGCCACACUCCGAAACGUAAUCAUCGGCAAGACUGCCGGCGAAGGCGUAUACUGCCUCGGAGGUGGUUGCAACAUCGAGUUCGUGUGGUUCGAGGAUGUUUGUGAGGAUGCUAUCUCGAUCAAAGAAGACAAGGCCGGCGACGUGACAUGGAUCGUCGGUGGAGGUGCUUACCACGCUUCCGACAAGAUCAUCCAGCACAACGGCUGCGGAAAGGUCAAUAUCAUCAACUUCUAUGCUGAAGACUAUGGAAAAGUCUACCGGUCUUGCGGAACUUGCCAGAAGUGUGCGCGCGAAGUCUACGUCGAGGGAGUCACUGCCCGUAAGGGAGGUGAAGUUGUUGGAAUCACCAAAGCCAACGGCGACAAGGCAACUCUCAAGAACGUCUGCACUGACGCGAAGACGCCCUGCCAGAACUACAGCGGUCCCGGUGUCAAGGACGGCGCCUGCUAA